AUGUUCGGUAGAAUUUGUAAUGCUCAAUUGAAGAGGACCGCGUGGAGCGUCCCCAGACAGGCUUACUUGCAAUGUCAGACUAUCAAGACAUUUGCCACAGCACCUAUUCUGUGCAAGCAGUUUAAGCAAGGUGAUCAGCCAAGAUUGAGAAUAAACUCGGAGGCCCCUAACUUUGACGCCGACACGACGGCUGGCAAAAUCAACUUCCAUGACUACCUGGGCGAUUCAUGGGGGGUCUUGUUCUCGCAUCCCGCAGAUUUCACACCCGUAUGCACCACUGAAGUUGGUGCUUUUGCCAAAUUGAAGCCGGAGUUUGACAAGAGAAAUGUCAAGUUGAUUGGUCUUUCCGUGGAAGACGUUGAGUCUCACCAAAAGUGGAUUCAAGACGUCAAGGAAAUCGCAAAGGUGAAAAACGUGGGGUUCCCCAUUAUUGGGGACACUUUCAGGAACGUGGCCUUCUUGUAUGACAUGGUGGACGCCGAUGGGUUCAAGAACAUCAACGACGGCUCUUUGAAAACAGUGAGGUCCGUCUUUGUCAUCGACCCCAAAAAGAAGAUUAGACUGAUCUUUACUUACCCCUCCACAGUCGGGAGAAACACUUCUGAAGUGUUGAGAGUCAUUGACGCUUUGCAAUUGACCGAUAAGGAAGGUGUAGUCACCCCCAUCAAUUGGCAGCCUUCAGAUGAUGUCAUCAUCCCUCCCUCUGUCUCCAAUGAUGAAGCCAAGACUAAAUUCGGUGAUUUCAAUGAAAUCAAACCUUACUUGAGAUUCACCAAGUCGAAGUAA